UCUCAAAUCCUCUCACAACUCACAACCUUCAUCCCCAACGCCUCCAGAUUGACAGCAGCAAACACUCAACCAUCAACACACUCUAGCACUGAUGGACCACUCCCACAUGGACCAUGGCAACGCCCACCGUUGCAACAUGAACAUGCUGUUCACCUGGGGCACCCAAGACCUGUGUAUUGUCUUCCGGCAAUGGCAUGUCUCUGGCACUUUCUCUCUGCUCUGGUCCUUGCUCGCCAUCGUUCUUCUUACCGCAGGCUAUGAAGCCGUUCGUGAGAUCUCCCGCCGCUACGAAGCAUAUUCGAACAAUCCAAGACGCGUGGACGAAGCUACAAGUCCCAGUGUCAACGAAUCGAGCUCAUUACUUUGGUCAGGGAGGUCAGUGCGGGCCGUUGAAAGGAGGAACAAGAUGGUUAAUGCCGCCUUUUACGCUCUGCAAGUGUUCUAUUCCUUCUUCAUCAUGCUUCUAUUCAUGACCUACAACGGGUGGGUCAUGCUCGCUGUGGCCGUAGGAGCCUUCCUCGGAUAUAUGACGUUCGGUAAUUCGUCCUCCGCGACGAAAGGCGUUGCAUGCCACUAAGGGCUGCCUUUACUCCCGGCCGGUGAUAUCAAAGAAGGAGGGCCAUCGUACCGUUUGCGAUGAAUCAAGGAGUGUUCAUGGAAUACCAUUACUGGAGUUUCUUCGCCGCAUACAUUAGCAUGUUCAUGGCCUUUAGUUGAUUGUUUAGGAUAUGUCUAAUUCAUAGAGUGCCAAUAUUAAUGAACCUUUGCUAC